AAAUCCACAAUUUACUCUUCUUCAGAUUCUCACUCUAUCUCUUCCUUCUUUCCUCUUAUUUUAGCCUCUUAUCAUAAAUCUAAACAAAUUAAAUAAAAAAACUCUGGAAUAUUCACACACUCUCUCUAUCCGGCAUUGCUGUAGAGAAUAAUAAUAAUAAUUGUUAUAAUACUGAAUUUCUUCAUCGAAAGGCAGGCAGGCCGGCUUUUGUGCCAAAGUCUUUGAUUUUUUGGAGUAGUAUAGAGAGAGGGAGUUGGUCAGCGGCAGCUGAGAGAGUGAAAUUGAAGUGAAUCAGGGGAAGAGGGAUUAGUGAUUGAAGAGGUAAAUGGAUUCUUCAUCACAGCAGAGAAGAGGAGGGGGUAUAGUUUCGCAGUCGCCAUCACCAUCGCCAUCGCAAACUCCGCGGUCGACUGAUAAGGCAGCAAGAGAUCUGCGAUCUGGGGAUUCCCAUUCCAACUCCAGCACUAAACAGGAUAAAGAAAAGGGUGUCAAUGUGCAGGUCAUAGUGCGUUGCAGGCCACUGAGUGAGGAUGAGCUGAGGGUUCACACACCGGUGGUGAUUUCUUGUAAUGAGGGUAGAAGGGAAGUGUCAGCGGUUCAGAAUAUUGCUAACAAGCAGAUUGAUAGAAACUUUCUAUUUGACAAGGUUUUUGGCCCAGCAUCCAAACAAAAGGAGUUGUAUGAUUCGGCAGUGUCUCCAAUUGUGUAUGAAGUUCUCGAAGGUUAUAACUGCACCAUCUUUGCAUAUGGUCAAACAGGAACAGGGAAGACAUACACAAUGGAAGGAGGAGCAAGAAAAAAGAAUGGAGAAUUUCCAAGUGAUGCCGGUGUUAUACCAAGAGCAGUCAAACAGAUUUUUGAAAUAUUAGAAGCUCAAAAUGCAGAGUAUAACAUGAAAGUGACCUUCUUAGAGUUGUACAAUGAGGAAAUAUCAGAUCUUUUGGCCCAAGAAGAAACUUCAAAACUUAUAGAUGACAAAUCUAAGAAACCCAUAGCUCUAAUGGAAGAUGGAAAAGGGGGUGUUUUUGUGAGAGGCUUGGAAGAAGAGAUAGUAUGUACUGCUAAUGAAAUUUACAAAAUCUUGGAUAAGGGUUCUGCUAAAAGGCGCACAGCUGAGACUCUUCUUAACAAGCAAAGUAGUCGCUCUCACUCAAUAUUUUCCAUCACCAUUCACAUUAAAGAAUGUACUCCCGAGGGGGAAGAGAUGAUCAAAUGUGGAAAGCUGAAUCUUGUUGAUCUUGCUGGUUCUGAGAAUAUUUCUCGUUCUGGUGCUCGAGAGGGGAGAGCAAGGGAAGCAGGGGAGAUCAAUAAAAGUUUGCUCACACUUGGUCGUGUGAUCAAUGCUCUUGUUGAGCAUUCUGGUCAUGUUCCAUAUAGGGAUAGCAAGCUAACCAGGCUAUUGAGGGAUUCACUGGGUGGGAAAACAAAGACAUGCAUAAUUGCCACGAUAUCACCCUCUAUUCAUAGUCUGGAAGAAACACUCAGCACUCUUGAUUAUGCACACCGUGCCAAAAAUAUAAAGAACAAACCAGAGAUAAAUCAAAAGAUGAUGAAAUCUGCAAUGAUCAAGGAUCUGUAUUCUGAAAUUGACCGACUGAAGCAAGAGGUAUAUGCUGCAAGAGAGAAAAACGGAAUCUAUAUACCGCGAGAUCGUUAUCUCCAAGAUGAGGCUGAAAAGAAGGCAAUGGCUGAAAAAAUAGAACGCAUGGAACUUGUAUCGGAAUCCAAGGACAAACAAUUUUUGGAGAUCCAGGAACUCUACAAUUCACAGCUACAUUUGACAGCAGAUUUAAGCGAGAAACUCGAUAAAACUGAGAAAAAGCUCGAGGAAACUGAAAAUUCAUUAGUGGAUCUUGAAGAAAAACACAGACAAGCAAAUGUAACUAUAAAGGAGAAGGAAUUUUUUAUAUCUAAUCUCCUUAAAUCUGAGAAAGGACUAGUUGAGCGUGCAUUUGAGCUUCGAUCAGAGCUAGAAAAUGCUGCAUCAGACGUGUCCAGUUUAUUUACCAAAAUUGAGCGGAAGGAUAAAAUUGAAGACGGGAACAGAGUACUUAUACAGAAAUUCCAGUCCCAGUUGACCCAACAACUUGAGAUCUUACACAAGACUGUGGCAGCCUCAAUGACUCAACAAGAGCAGCAGCUGAAAGACAUGGAGGAAGAUAUGCAGUCCUUUGUAUCAACAAAAGCCGAGGCUACUGAAGAACUUCGAGGAAGGGUUGGAAAGCUGAAAACCAUGUAUGGAUCUGGUAUUAAAGCAUUGGAUGAUAUGGCCAAGGAGCUCGAGGAAAAUUCUCGUUCUACUUUUGGUAGUCUGAAUUCUGAAGUUUCCAAGCAUUCGCAUGCUGUUGAGGGUUUCUUCCAAAGAAUUGCUUCAGAAGCUGAUGCAUUAUUCAAUGAUCUUCAAAGCAAUCUUCAGAUGCAGCAGGAAAAGCUAAGUGCAUUUGCGCAACAGCAGCAUAAGGCACAUGCGAGAGCAGUAGAAACUGCACAAUCAGUUUCGAAAAUCGUAGUUAAAUUCUUCAAGACUCUAGACGUGCAUGCUUCCAACCUGACCCAAAUUGUGGAAGAAGCACAAAUAAUUAAUGAUCACAAAUUGUCUGAACUGGAAAAGAAGUUUCAGGAGUGUGCUGCGAAUGAAGAAAGACAAUUGGUGGAGAAAGUGGCAGAGCUGCUUGCAAGUUCAAAUGUGAGGAAGAAAAAACUGGUGCAAAUGGCGGUGCAUGAACUCCGGGAAAGUGCAAACAGCAGAACCAACAAACUGCAGCAAGAAAUGUCAACCAUGCAGGAUUCCACCUCUUCUAUCAAAGUUGAAUGGUCAGUCCACAUGGAAAAAACAGAAUCCAACCAUUUUGAGGACACAUCUGCAGUGGAAAGUGGAAGGAAAGCCCUGGAAGAGGUUCUUCAUAACUGUAUAAAUAAGACAAAAAUGGGCGCACAACAGUGGAGGAAUGCUCAAGAAUCCUUGCUCAGCCUAGAAAAAAGCAAUGUUCAUUCUGUGGAUUCCAUUGUUAGUGGAGGAACCGAAGCGAACCAAAUCCUUUGUAGACAGUUUUCUUCUGCUGUAUCUGCUGCUGUUGAAGAUGUUGACAUUGGGAACAAUGAUCUCCUCUCAUCCAUUGAACAUUCAUUACAUCUUGACCGUGAUGCUUGUGGAAAUCUCAAUUCCAUGAUUUUUCCUUGCUGUGGAGAUCUGAGGGAACUGAAGGGCAGUCACUACCACAAGAUUGUUGAAAUUACAGAGAAUGCUGGGAAAUGUCUUCUGGAUGAAUAUGCGGUGGACGAGCCAUCUUGUUCGACACCAAGAAAGAGGCCAUACAAUCUGCCAACCUUUGCAUCAAUUGAAGAACUUAGAACUCCUGCUUUUGAAGAAUUGUUGAAGUCAUUCUGGGAUUCGAAGUCCUCAAAACAAGUAAAUGGAGACAUCAAACAUAUUGUGGCAGCAUAUGACGCUGCCCAAUCCUUGAAAGACUCCAGAGUUCCUCUCACCGCUAUUAACUAAGGUGAGCAGAGAACAUAAUAAUUAGGAGGUAUAAUGGUAAAAGAGAAAGAAAGGGGGGGGGGGGGGGGGGAUUGUGUACAGAGUUUAUGGGUCAAUCACGAACUCUGCAUAUCUUAUUCGUUGAUUGCAUGUUUAAAGAAAGUUCCUUUUGUAUGAAAAAAUAUGAUAGAUUUUUUGUGCACUAUAACUCUGCUUGCAACAAUUGACAACAGGGGGCUGUUCUGAUUUCGGAAUUUA